AUGUCUUCUUCAACAAAGCACAGACGCAAAUCACUGGCGAGUCUUUUCGAGGAUUCUAUAAACAUUACACCCGCAGCAUCGACAUCCAGAAGAGACCCUAGUCCAACCAAAAGAGCUAUGAUGAAGCACAGUCUUCGCGAUACCAUCUCCCGAGGAUGGCCUUCCGCGUCACUGCAAAAGGAUCAUGUUUUUAUGACCAUUCAUGCCGACGAUGUUUACCGCCAUGUUGGGGCUGUCCAAAACCCACAACAAUUGUUUGAGAAGGCCAAGGACUGGAUGAUUUCCAUCCAAAACACAGAGCGCGACGAAGUGAAAAACGACCUUAUUCUCAAAGAGCUCCACGAGGCCAUGAUCCGCGCAAUCUUUGGCAGCAAUCAGAUCGAACGGGCAGGACUGAACCUGGACCUUACCAUUGAGCUUUGUCGCAAAGUCUUUGCCGGGGCGGAAACUCACGUUGGUGGAAUGCCUGCAAAGGUGCCGAAGACAAUUGGCGAUCUCAAGCUGAACCUGCACAGAGGUAAUCUGGGCGAAGAAGUUGGAGAGGUUUCUGAGCGAGAUCCGGCAUACCAAAAGCAACUUUUGGAGCUCUACCACAAGCAGUCUGACCUCAAAGACAUGCCAGCCAAGUACAUCCUACGAAGCCGCAACGAGGUUGUCCAACAUGCGAGGGCAUUUCAGCACAUUGUUCAUGCUUUUGUUGUUGAGAAAAAAGAUCUCUCGGAAGAUCUUAUCAAGGAAACGCACCGAAUCCUUGUCAAGGGUGUCUCAAUUGUCGAGGAAGGCCAUCCAGACGUCAGCCCUGACCAGUAUGGGGGAAUCUACAGAAAGGUUGUUGUUGGCGCAGGCACAACCAACUUCACUGUUCCCCAGUUUGUGCCAAAGAAAAUGAAGGAAAUGUGCGAUGCCCUCAAAGAAGAACUAAAGGCCGCCGAGGACAAGAAGGGGAUAGAUCCAUUCUCCAUUGCUUCCAAGUACUCCCUGGAGUUUGUCGAGAUUCACCCGUUCCAAGACGGCAAUGGGCGAAUGUGCAGAAUGAUACUUAAUGCUAUUCUGUGCCGCUACGCUGGGGUAAUAGUUCCCAUUGGGGAACAGGGUGAGGAGAGGAGUGUCUACAUGGGUAUCAAGCGGCGCGCCAGUCAAGAAAUGGAGGGACAUGGGGAGUACGCGACUUUUGUUUUGGAGAAGGCGCUGCCACGCUUGAGACAGAUGAAGAAGAAGCUGAUGGGCAAGAGAGAGAAAUAA